AUGGAGCAAAACGAUCUUUUCAACGACUCUGAGGCAGAUUUGCCUGAAACAAAAGAACAUGGAACUCGCACCGUUCCUCAUCGCGAUAUGCGGGAAGCCUCCAGUGCAGAAACUCUCACCUUCUACCAUGCAGACAACACAUCCACGCCUAAGAAGAAUGCGGAAUGGGGUAUGACUCCUCAACUGAUUCGUCAACAAGAGCGUGAAGCCGCAGCAGGAUUCAAGAGACGCGAGCUCGGCGUUACCUGGGACAAUCUCACAGUAGAGGUCCCUGCUGCUUCGGCGGCUGUCAAGGAAAAUCAAUUUUCUCAAUACAACAUACCACAGCUUUACAAAGACUGGCGCCAGAAGCCGCCUAUGAAAUGCAUUUUAAAGGACAGCCACGGUUGUGUGAAACCCGGAGAAAUGCUACUGGUCUUGGGUCGCCCGGGAUCAGGCUGUACUACCCUCCUCAAGCUACUUUCCAAUCGUCGUCUAGGAUACCAUACAAUCAAAGGCAAUGUCCGGUUUGGGAACAUGACUGAAAAAGAGGCUUCUCAGUAUCGAUCCCAGAUCGUGAUGAAUACUGAAGAGGAGCUUUUCUAUCCUCGACUGACGGUCGGCCAGACAAUGGACUUUGCUACUAGGCUUAAAGUUCCUGCUCAUCUUCCGGACGGCACUAGUUCAGAGAAGGAUCAUACAGCCGAUACCAAACAAUUCCUUUUAGAAUCUAUGGGAAUCGCUCAUACAUUUGAAACAAAAGUUGGGAAUGAGUUUGUUCGAGGUGUGUCUGGUGGUGAACGGAAACGUGUGUCGAUUAUCGAAUGUCUGGCCACCAGAGGAUCAGUAUUCUGUUGGGACAACAGCACACGCGGCCUUGAUGCAAGCACAGCAUUAGAAUGGGCCAAGGCUCUUCGCGCCAUGACCGACGUCCAGGGGCUUUCGACUAUCGUCACCCUAUAUCAAGCUGGAAAUGGAAUCUACAACCUUUUCGAUAAAGUUUUGGUUUUGGAUGAAGGAAAACAGGUUUUCUACGGCCCCGCUGCAGCAGCAAAGCCAUUCAUGGAAAAUCUGGGGUUUGUGUAUACUGAUGGUGCUAAUAUUGGUGACUUUCUUACCGGUGUAACCGUGCCCACUGAGCGAAAAAUCCAACCUGGCUUUGAAAACACAUUCCCAAGGAAUGCUGAUGCCAUUUUGGCAGAGUACGAGCGAUCUCCGAUUCGAAGCUCUAUGGCGUCGGAAUACGACUAUCCAAAUACCCAGGAUGCGCGUGACCGAACCGAGUCAUUCAAAGAAUCCAUUGCCUUUGAAAAAAAUAAACAUUUACCGAACAAUACGAUCCUCACCACUAGCUUCAUGACACAGCUCAAGGCGUGUACCCUCCGUCAAUAUCAGAUUCUGUGGGGCGAAAAAUCGACCUUUUUGAUCAAACAGUUUCUAUCACUGGCUAUGUCUUUGAUUGCUGGCGCCUGCUUCUAUAACUCCCCCGAUACAUCUGCUGGCCUUUUUACCAAAGGCGGUGCGGUCUUCUUCUCCCUCUUGUAUAAUUGCAUUGUCGCUAUGUCUGAAGUCACAGAGUCGUUUAAGGGGCGACCCGUCCUGGUUAAACACAAGUCCUUUGGAUUCUAUCAUCCGUCCGCAUUUUGUCUGGCACAAAUUACAGCAGAUGUCCCCGUCUUAUUGUUACAGUGCACUAUUUUCACUGUUGUGAUAUACUGGAUGACAGGGCUCAAAGCCACUGCAUCAGCAUUCUUUACUUUCUGGGCCAUCCUUUGGGCAACGACUCUGUGUGUUACGACUUUAUUUAGAAGCAUUGGUGCUGCAUUUAGUACUUUCGAAGCCGCUUCGAAGAUCUCCGGAACGGCCAUUAAGGGUAUUGUCAUGUACGCUGGAUAUAUGAUCCCGAAACCGCAGAUCAAGAACUGGUUUCUAGAACUGUAUUAUACCAACCCAUUUGCAUAUGCAUUCCAAGCAGCCUUAUCGAAUGAAUUCCACGACCAACAUAUUCCCUGCGUGGGCACCAAUCUCGUACCUAGUGGACCUGGAUACGAGAAUGUUGAUUCUGCUAACAGGGCCUGCACUGGAGUUGGUGGCGCUUUGCCCGGUGCAGAUUAUGUGACUGGUGACCAGUAUCUUUCUUCGUUGCAUUACAAUCAUUCUCAGCUCUGGAGAAAUUAUGGUAUUGUUUGGGUUUGGUGGGCCUUAUUUGCCACCAUUACCAUUGUCUGCACAUGCUUUUGGAAUGCUGGAGGCGGCAGCGGUGCUUCACUGCUGAUUCCCCGCGAAAAACUCAACAAGUUUCGCGCCUCUGUGGAUGAAGAAUCACAGAGUCAAGGAGCAGAGCAAUCGAAAGAAACCACCGUUGGCAACGGAACGGGAGAAGUGAAUGGUAACUUAUCUCGUAACACCUCCAUCUUCACCUGGAAGAACCUCAAGUACACAGUCAAAACUCCAUCAGGUGAUCGUGUGCUCUUGGACAAUAUCCAUGGAUGGGUCAAACCAGGUAUGCUUGGAGCAUUAAUGGGUUCUUCUGGCGCCGGUAAGACCACCUUGCUCGAUGUCCUCGCCCAAAGGAAAACCGACGGCACUAUCAACGGUAAUAUUCUUGUUGAUGGCCGCCCUUUACCAGUUUCAUUCCAAAGAAUGGCUGGGUAUUGUGAGCAAUUGGAUGUCCAUGAGCCGUUUGCCACAGUCCGUGAAGCUCUUGAAUUUUCCGCUUUACUACGCCAGCCCCGAACAACUCCAAAAGCCGAAAAGCUCAAGUACGUUGAAACCAUUAUUGACCUUUUGGAACUCCAUGAUUUGGCAGAUACGCUUAUUGGCACUGUCGGAAAUGGUCUUAGUGUAGAGCAGAGGAAGCGUGUUACAAUUGGUGUUGAACUAGUGUCCAAGCCAAGCAUCUUGAUCUUCCUUGAUGAACCUACGUCUGGUCUAGAUGGGCAAUCUGCAUAUAACACUGUUCGUUUCCUGCGCAAACUGGCUGAUGUUGGCCAAGCUGUGUUGGUCACAAUUCAUCAACCAUCAGCGCAGUUGUUUGCACAGUUCGAUACUCUCUUGCUUCUGGCACGCGGAGGUAAAACGGUUUACUUCGGCGACAUUGGCGAUAAUGGGAAGACUAUCAAGGAGUACUUUGGGCAAUACGGUGCUGUUUGUCCCAUCGAGGCCAAUCCCGCUGAGUUCAUGAUCGACGUCGUCACUGGUGGCAUUGAAAGCGUCAAGAACAAGGACUGGCAUCAAAUUUGGCUCGAAUCUCCUGAACACGAUCGAAUGCUCACUGAACUCGAUAAUAUGGUCUCCGAAGCUGCUGCUAAACCGGCUGGAACUGUUGAUGAUGGCCACGAAUUCUCAAUGCCAAUGUGGGAACAGAUCAAAAUUGUAACUCAGCGCAUGAAUACUGCUCUAUUCCGAAAUACCAACUACAUUAACAACAAGUUUUCAUUACAUAUCAUUUCUGCAUUAUUAAACGGAUUUUCCUUCUGGAGAGUUGGUGGUAGCGUAUCCGACCUGGAACUGAAGAUGUUCACAGUUUUCAAUUUUGUCUUCGUUGCACCCGGUGUUAUUAACCAACUUCAACCACUUUUCAUCCAAAGACGGGAUAUCUACGACGCGCGUGAGAAAAAGUCCAAGAUGUACUCUUGGGUUUCCUUUGUUAUUGGUCUAAUUGUUUCCGAGUUCCCCUACCUCUGCGUAUGCGCGGUUCUCUAUUUCGUGUGUUGGUAUUACUGCGCGCGAUUGAAUGAUAAUUCAAAUCGCUCCGGCGCUACGUUUUUCAUUAUGCUUAUAUAUGAAUUUGUCUAUACGGGUAUCGGCCAAUUCAUAGCUGCUUAUGCACCCAAUCCCACAUUCGCGGCUCUGGUAAACCCUCUCAUUAUCAGCAUACUCACCCUGUUUUGCGGCAUCUUUGUACCAUAUAGACAGCUGAAUGUCUUCUGGAAAUAUUGGUUAUACUGGUUGAACCCCUUCAACUACGUUGUCUCGGGUAUGCUGACUUUCACUAUCUGGGGUGCUGGGGUUCACUGUAAGGAGGAAGAAUUUGCCGUAUUUGACCCAAGCAAUGGAACAUGCGCCGACUAUCUCCGCGAGUAUAUUGCCGGAAACGGUUGGCGGAUUAAUUUGACUAACCCAGAUGCUACAUCAGGCUGCCGAGUCUGUGAAUAUAAGAAUGGUAGCGACUUUUUGACAACGCUCAACAUCAACCACUACUAUUACGGCUGGAGAGAUGCAGCAAUCACGGUGAUCUUCGCUAUCUCUGGAUACGCACUAGUAUUUGGCAUGAUGAAGCUUCGAACUAAAGCAUCAAAGAAAGCCGAGUAA